AUGCAGGGUCUUCCAUUUCCCAUGACACAUGAGAAACAGAAAGGGCUCUUCAAGUGUUGGACGGAUGAGAGAGUGGGCAUUGCAUUGCUGGCUGAAGUUAACCUUCAAUGGUCAGCAGAGUUUCCAACUCCCUUGGCGCAUCAAUGGGGCGGAUGUUCUGCUACAUUACUCAACAAGGUCGCGCGCCGUGCAAAGUCAGGCGGCAAAGAUGAAACAGGGCUAGGCAGGUUCUCUUGGAUCAAGAUCCGGGGUAGGGACAUCCGACAACAGGAGUCUCAGACUGAUGGGCCCCCGGCUGGUCCUUUAGAUCUUGUGGUGGUCUCGGCAUAUCAUCCGAACAAGGAAGGUACCAAUGCUGGUAGUGUUUGGAACUACCAACGGAAUUACUGGCUGAGCAAGGGGGUGACUAUGGACCCCCGUGACAAGCUCACACUGAAUUUGGUGGACCUGAUCAAACAAUGGAAAGCGGAAGAGUGUGAGAUUCUCCUUGGGUUAGAUGCAAACGAAUAUGUCUCCUACAACUCUCCCUCUUCCUUCCGCCAAGAGAUGCGGUCAGAAGGCCUGACCGAGGCCAUCUUACGCCGACAUCAGGGCCCUUACCCAGCGACAACCCAAAGUCGGACGACGGAUACUCCCAUCAAUGGUAUAUUUGUGACCGACGGCGUCCGUGUAACUGCAGGUGGAUACUUGGACUUUCAGCAGUAUUUUAAGUCGGACCACAGGGGACUCUGGAUUGACAUUGACCUGAAAGGGACUCUGGGGGCCCCACCGGUGACCUCCCCUUCCUUCCAACCAGGUCGGUUGACACUGGCUGAUGGUCGGUCUGUGGACCGCUAUAUUAAGGCUGCGGAAGCGGGCUACCGGCAUUUCCGCCUUCCCCAACGCCUGACCCAAUUAGCGGAGGAUAUUUCGGUCCAGGACGG